UUGUCUUAUCAUUUCAAACUGUUUAAAAAGGCAAACUAUUAACUUUUUCUUCUAUUUUCAGGCAAUGUCAGCAGCCAAGCUAAGAUGGCUUUUAUGGUUGCCCGAUCCUUCCACAUAUAUGUUUCAAAUAUACAAGCGUGCAGACAAUUGCUAACUGGAAGCAGAGCCUUCCACCAUUUCUGUCAGAAAAUGACAAUCAGCUACUUUGAUUCUUCUAUAUUGGAAAAACGAAGAGGGUUCCCAUGUACUUUUCGUAGAAACUACCACGUGAAACUAAAAAAUCAUACUAACCCUGUUGUGGAAGCAGUGCAACAUCUUGGAGAGGCCAAUAACGAUUUAAAAUCUAAUAGCAAGACAGUAGGGGAACAGAUAAUUUUGAAGGAAUUGAACCAAUGGUCUUCCUACGACGAUAUUUUCAAAUUUGUGAGUUCGUUGGAAAGUUUAUCUGACACCAUGGUAGCCGCUAUCUUUCAGCGAUUGGGUGAAGUCCAGCUACAGGACAGCUUAAUGAAAAGUCCCGAGUUGCUGACGGAAAAUGAUAUGUUCAAAUCACUUUGCUUGCAGUUGGAAAAAGAUUCUAUACAUAUAUCUGACUCUGCUCUUGUAAAUUCUCUAAAUGCUUUGGCAAAGUUGCAUGUGGAUCCCUGCAGUUCCUUGAUGGUUUCCUUGGUGUCAGAGAGCCAGCAACGUCUUGAUAAGGGACAAAUGACUAUUAAAAAUUUGUGUAUUCUUGGAGAAGGUUUAUUUAAUCUUGGAGGACCAGAACCUGCUAUGCUGGAACAAAUUAUGAAUCAAAUUCAGAGUACAAAUGUUGAGGACUGGAAGGUUGAAGAAAUGAUCCUAGUUUACAGAACUCUGCAGCUGUAUGCAGAUAGGAAAACGAACAUGUUCCAGAACCUGUUAAGCAAAAUGAACAGUUUUGCAGAGACGGAAGGUUGCCAGUUCACUCCCAAACAGACAAGUACAGUGUUAAGUGCUCUGGUUGUUUUAGAUGAAACCCAGGUCAAUAACCUGAUCAUAAAACUUUGUAAGCAUGCAUCAUGUUAUAUCCCAUACUUUACAGAUGAUGAAAUGAUAAAUGUGCUGGAAGCAUUCAUUCAUUUCAGAUGCUCUGACCAGUGUUUCACAGAGGCCCUAGAAAAACAUGUUACUAAAUUUGGCUUUGUGAUGCAUCCCAACACAAUUUCCAAAAUCAUGCAGUACUGCAGUACGCUAUGCAUUCUUUCCAAACCCAUAUUCAACGCAGUGGCAGAAACCUUUGUCUACAGUGCUGAUAAUUUCACCGUUCCGCAGAUUGUUGAGCAGGUUGUUCCAUUUGGGAAGCUCAACUAUUUGCCGCCAUCUGCUCCAUCUUUUUUCCGGCAGGUUGAAAGGUUCGUUAGCACGCGAAUUUCUGAGUUUGAGCCUCAUGAACUUCUGAACCUUCUUCAUUCCUGCAUUCUCAUUCAAUGCUACCCGCUAAAUUUUAUGGAAAAACUGUUCAGCCCCUUCUUUCUGCAGGAAUUGCAAGCUAAAAGUCCAAGACCGAAGAUUUUUUCUCAGUUGAGUCAGCUGAUUUUAACAAUUCAACUGGAGUGUCCAUACUAUAAGAAGCCCUGGCUUCCGCUAGACUACCAAGUCAAGUCCUUUUACACUAGAUGUCAGUCAUUAGAAUCCAAGGUUGAUCUUCAUCUUUUCAACAGAGUGAAGGCUGGCAUGAUUGACCUCUUAGGGAGCCAAAAAUAUUUUGUCUAUAAUGUUCUGACACCAUAUCACUACACAAUAG